AUGAGGCCAGAACCAAUUACUCUAUUUAAACCUUAAUCAGAUGGCCCAAAUUCAAUAUAUAAAGUGAAAUAUUAGGGUUUUUGAAUAGCCUCCUUCAAAUUUAUACCAGUCUGCACCUCUCCAUUCCCGUCGCAAUCCCAAGGAAAGGUAAGUUUUUCGGGGCAGCGAAAAUGGUUGACAAGACUAAGGGAAGAAAGGAAGAGGUUGUUACACGAGAGUACACUAUCAAUCUCCACAAGCGUCUUCAUGGAUGCACAUUUAAGAAGAAGGCACCCAAAGCCAUCAAAGAAAUCAAGGCAUUCGCCGAGAAGGCAAUGGGAACCAAGGACGUCAGAAUAGACGUCAAACUUAACAAACAAAUCUGGAGUAGGGGUAUCAGGAGCGUUCCAAGGAGGAUCCGUGUCCGCAUUGCUCGCAAGAGAAAUGACGAUGAGGACGCCAAGGAAGAGCUCUACUCUUUGGUCACUGUUACUGAAAUUCCACCAGAAGGUUUGAAGGGGCUUGGUACCAAGGUCAUUGAAGAUGAAGAUUAAGCAAUGUCAUUUUUGUUGAGUGUAAUAGGUAGCUUGAGGUUCCUUUUAAAGGUUGUUUUGAAUAUUAGCACUUUGACGAUGUUUAUUGCACCGAGAUGCUCUACAUAUGAAUUUUGUUAGUGUUUUGUUAGUAACAUCUAUCCUUCACAUUUGAGCUUU